AUGAAUCUCAGUAACUUUUUAGAUUGGCCAAAAGUAGUUGAUAAGCUCCCUAAACUACAAUCGUUGACAUUAUCAUACUGUGAUCUUCCUAUUCCAAUUCUUUCAUCUCUUUCUCAUAUAAACACUUCUAAAUCUCUUUCUUCAGUUGAUCUCUCUGGCAACCAUCUCACCUGGUCAAUAUUCCAUUGGUUGUCAACCUGCAAUACAAACCUUAAAUCCGUUGACCUUUCUGCCAACAAGUUAAGUGGUUCAAUUCCUGAUAUUUUCGGCAACCUGAGUUCUCUCCUGCAUCUACGUCUUGCUUAUAACUCAAUAGAGGGACAACUCCCAGAAACCUUCGGCCAGUUAUGUAGUUUGCAAUCAUUGGACCUUUCAAGAAACAACUUAAGUGGUUCAAUUCCUGAUGUUUUCGGCAACCUGAGUUCUCUCCUGGAUCUAAGUCUUACUGAUAACUCAGUAGAGGGACAACUCCCAAAAACUAUUGGCCAGUUAUGCAGUUUGCAAUCGUUGUUCCUUUCAGGAAAUAAUCACAGUGGAGAGUUUUCUGAGUUUAUACAAGUAUUAUUUGGCUGUGCUGGAGUGAUUACGGAAGCUCAUUUCUCAAACCUCUCCAAACUGCAAGUAUUGGAUUUAUCUUCCAAUUCACUAACUUUGAACAUUCGUUCUGAUUGGCUUCCUCCUUUUCAACUUUCCAAUAUAAGAUUAAGGUCUUGCAAAAUUGGGCCAUAUUUUCCAAAAUGGCUUCGAACAUCUCAGAAUAGCUUUGGUGAGCUUGAUCUUUCUGAUGCUGGAAUUUCUGAUAUCAUUCCAAGCUGGUUUCAAGAUUACUCUGGAUCUGAGGUUUUAAAUUUGAGUUCAAACCAACUGGAAGGGCCAAUUCACUCGCUACCAUCAGGACUGGUAUAUGUGGAUCUAUCUAGUAAUAAACUUUCAGGGAGGAUCUCUUUCUUGUGUGCAGGCAAUAGGAAUUUACAACUUCUUGAUCUAUCAAGCAAUUCUUUCUCCGGAGAACUUCCAAAUUGUUGGAAGCAUUUAGAAAAUCUAGUCAUUCUUGACUUGAGUCACAAUGCUUUUUCUGGAAAAAUUCCUUCUUCAAUUGGUUCCCUAGCUUCUCUUGAAACAAUGAAGCUUAGCAAGAACAAUUUUGAGGGAGAAUUGCCUUCAUCCUUGAAGAAUUAUACAAACUUAAAAGUUUUUGAUAUUGGAGAAAAUAGGAUCACAGGAAUGAUACCUGAAUGGAUAGGGAUUAGCUUUCUGAAGUUGGCUAUCCUCAUUUUCCGAUCUAAUCAAUUUAGUGGAAGCUUGCCUUUGGAAUUGUGCCAUCUGAAAAACAUUCAACUUUUGGAUCUGUCUAGGAACACCUUCUCUGGUACUAUACCUCAAUGCCUGAACAAUCUGACUACUUUGGCUCAAAAAGGAAGUUCAAUCCCAAGCAUCAAACACUAUAGAGACUUCUAUAUACUAGCAACAACUUCUCUUCAAAAUUACGAAGAUGAUGCAUCUUUCAUAUGGAAAGGAAGAAUGUCCGACUACAAAAGCACGUUGGGACUUGUAAAGAUCAUUGAUUUCUGUUAG